AUGUGGGCUUGCGUCGAGGAACUCACGGCACUGGCGGGCGAUAUCACAGUGCGUCUGUCGGUAGGCGUCUUCCCGGGUUCCUGCAUACUCACAAAUUGUAUGUUGCGACGGGAAGGGUACGGGGUGAGAGAUCUGCUCAUGCUUUCCCUAACCAUCAGGAACCUGGAGGGACUCGACAUUUCCGAGUUCGAACUCUGA